AUGACCCCGCCCCGCCGGGACUACUUUUACACGCAACAAGUCCCGUUACAAACAGAGCGGAAGUGGCGAGACCUUCCUUUUCCUGUGGAAGCCGACGGGUUGAGAGGAGUGUGGCUUUCUCCUCUCCCCGCCAUGGCGUGUGCUCGUCCACUGAUAUCAGUGUACUCCGAAAAGGGGGAGUCAUCUGGCAAAAAUGUCACUUUGCCAGCUGUGUUCAAGGCUCCCAUUCGACCAGAUAUUGUCAACUUUGUUCACACCAACUUGCGCAAAAACAACAGACAGCCCUAUGCUGUCAGUGAAUUAGCAGGUCAUCAGACCAGUGCUGAGUCUUGGGGUACUGGUAGAGCUGUGGCUAGAAUUCCCAGAGUUCGAGGUGGUGGGACUCAUCGUUCUGGCCAGGGUGCUUUUGGAAAUAUGUGCCGUGGAGGCCGCAUGUUUGCUCCAACCAAAACCUGGCGCCGUUGGCACCGUAGAGUGAACACAACGCAAAAGCGGUAUGCCAUCUGCUCUGCCCUGGCUGCUUCGGCUUUACCGGCACUGGUGAUGUCUAAAGGUCAUCGUAUUGAGGAAGUUCCUGAACUUCCUUUGGUGGUCGAAGAUAAAGUUGAAGGCUACAAGAAAACUAAGGAGGCUGUUUUGCUUCUUAAGAAACUUAAGGCAUGGAAUGAUAUCAAAAAGGUCUAUGCUUCUCAGCGAAUGAGAGCUGGCAAGGGCAAAAUGAGAAACCGUCGUCGUAUUCAGCGCAGGGGGCCCUGCAUCAUCUAUAAUGAGGACAAUGGUAUCAUCAAGGCCUUCAGAAACAUCCCUGGAAUUACUCUGCUUAAUGUAAGCAAACUGAACAUUUUGAAACUUGCACCUGGUGGGCAUGUGGGACGUUUCUGCAUUUGGACUGAAAGUGCUUUCCGGAAGUUAGAUGAAUUGUAUGGCACUUGGCGUAAAGCUGCUUCCCUGAAGAGUAACUAUAACCUUCCCAUGCACAAGAUGAUGAAUACAGACCUUAGCAGGAUUUUGAAAAGCCCAGAGAUCCAAAGAGCCCUCCGAGCACCACGCAAGAAGAUUCACCGCAGGGUCCUGAAGAAGAAUCCACUGAAAAACUUGAGAAUCAUGUUGAAGCUAAACCCAUAUGCAAAGACCAUGCGCCGGAACACCAUUCUUCGUCAGGCCAGGAAUCACAAACUCCGGAUGGAUAAGGUGGCGGCAGCAGCAGCAGCACUAGAGGCCAAAUCAGAUGAGAAGGGGGUUGCAGGCAAGAAGCCUGUAGUGGGGAAGAAAGGAAAGAAGGCUGUUGGUGUUAAAAAGCAGAAGAAGCCUUUGGGGAAAAAGGCUGCAGCUACCAAGAAACCAGCGGCUGAAAAGAAGCCAGCAGCUGAAAAGAAGCCAGCAGCUGAAAAGAAGCCAGCAGCUGAAAAGAAGCCAACAGAAAAGAAACCUGCCACAGAAGAAAAGAAGCCUGCUGCUUAAAUUUAUUUCGUAAAAGUCAAAUCAUUUUGGACAGCUUAUUUUGAAUAAAGACCUGAUCAAAGAGGCAGUGAGAAAA